UCAAAGGCAUUCUCAAGUGUCUUCCCCUUCUCUUUCUAAUCAGUGCUUCUUCAUGGCAAAGGUUUAUCCUGAGAGUGAGACCAUAAUUCCAGUUGUAAACACUAAGAAUCCUAUCGUCUUGACGGUGUGGAAGAAGUCUUUGAUCUUCAGUUGUGACGGGUUUACAGUGUACAACUCCAAUGGAAAUCUUGCAUUUCGAGUAGACAACUAUUUCGUGAAAGGAAACCGGGAGAUUGUUCUCAUGGAUGCGUUAGGCUGCGGUCUCCACACCGUUAGGCGCAAGAUGUUAAGCCUAGCAGACAAUUUUCUUGUCUAUGAUGGUGAAAGUGUAAAUCCCCGAUUUUCAGUGACCAAACAUGUGAAUGUCUUAAACACCAAGUCACUAGCAUAUGUGAGCACAGUAGGAUCAUCAAAGAACAGAAACAAAAGAAAUGUGAUCUAUGAGAUCCAAGGAUCAUAUGCUCAAAAGUCCUGCAUGGUGUAUGAUGACAAGCACCGGUGUGUUGCUGAAAUUAAGAAGAAAGAAGCCAAAGGAGGGGUGGCACUUGGGGGAGAUGUUUUUGCUUUGGUGGUACAACCAUCUAUCGAUCCUGCCAUUGCUAUGGUCCUCGUCAUUGUCCUCGAUCAAAUGUUUGAUUCUUCUAGGCGCUUCUCUAAAUAGAUUUCAGGGCCGGCUGAACCAUUUUGGUGGCCUAAAGCGAAAUAAAAACUAGAGGCUUUUUCCCAAAAAAAAUUGAGUAAAUUGCAAUUGUGGUCCAAAUACAAUAUUCCAUAUGCAACGCCCCUACAAAUCUAAUCUGCUAUACAUCAAUACUAUCCAUCGCAACCCAACCCAAAUAUCAUAUAUAAUUAUUACUAAUUUUUUUAAAGCUGGAGGCCCUGUUUAUUUGGAGGCCCAAAGCUAAAGCCUCAAAAUACUUGGGCUUGGGCCACAGAUUUGGGUGCAACAACCAUGUACAAUUCCUAGUUUUAUAAAGUCAUAAUU